CCGGAAGCGCUGGUGCGGCGCGGCGCGGCGCGUGCGUCUCUGAGCGGAGACCCCUGCCCGGGCUGUCAUGGUCUUCCUUUCCGCGCAGCUCUGGCUGCGGAGCCGCGUCACCGACCGCUACUGGCGGGUCCAGGAGGUGCUGAAGCACGCGCGGCAUUUCCGGGGAAGGAAGAACCGCUGCUACCGGCUGGCCGUCCGGGCUGUGAUGCGAGCGUUUGUGAAGUGCACGAAAGCUCGGAGACUGAAGAAGAGGAACUUGAGGACGCUCUGGAUUAAUCGAAUCACAGCUGCCUCCCAGGAGCACGGCCUGAAGUACCCAGCGUUCCUGUCCAAUUUAAUUAAGUGCCAGGUGGAGCUCAACAGGAAGGUGCUGGCCGACCUAGCCAUCUACGAACCAAAGACUUUUAAAUCCUUGGCUGCUUUGGCCAAAAGGAGGGGACAGGAAGGAUUUGCUGCUGCCUUGGGGGACGGGAAGGAGCCCGAGGGCAUAUUUUCCCGAGUGGCACAGAACCGCUGAGGGGACCCCUGUCCUCUCUGGCCAAGUGUCUUAGGAAAAGGCUCCCCCCCCCCCCAUGAUCAUAACUCAGAAAGGAGCCAAGAAUCGUUUGCGGGAGUGUGCUGGGUUUGAUGGCGUGGUUUUAAUUUACAGUUUGGUAACAGGUGUGAGGGACAGGCACCGUCUGUCCUCCUGGGGACAGGCCGGCAACGCCGCAUGGUAGCAGGCUGCGCUGCGAAUAAAGCUCGUGUGGUGA